AUGAUCGUCUGCGGUGACGGUCUACAUAACUUCGUGGACGGGUUGGCUAUUGGGGCGUCCUUCACCACCAAUCUGCUGAGUGGUUUCUCCACCUCUAUCGCCAUCGCAUGUGAGGAGUUUCCUCAUGAGCUCGGUGACUUUGCUGUUCUGCUCAAGUCUGGGCUGACUGUCAAGCAGGCCAUGGGAUUCAACUUCUUGUCCUCGUUGAGUUGCUACAUUGGUCUGAUCGUCGGCAUCAUCGUUGGCCGUCUGACCGAGGCAGAACCGUACAUCUUCGCACUGGCCGCCGGCAUGUUCCUGUACAUCGCAUUGGUGGAUAUGUUGCCAGAGAUCGCCAACGUGACCUCUAAGAGCAAAUUCCGCCUUGGAUCUGAGAUGGGCAUCUUCUGCUUCAGAAUGCUGGCAUACUGA